GUCGACAGGUAAGGCGUUUAGAUGCACAGUCAGCCGCUUCGUCUGAAAACACAUUUCCUGAAGAAUUAUCUAGGACCCAUUGAUACCACCUGUGUAACCUCAUCUCUAUGAAACAAGCAAGAUGCAGGUGACUUGGGGUUGGACAACAUGGAUAUUGGUCAUUUUCUCCAUCUACAUGUGGUCUUUACCAGCUGAUGCAGGAAGUCCACCUAAAAAGGGAGCCAAGAAGCCAAAAAAUGGAGCACCUGAAGUCAAGCUAUCUGACAAGACUGUGAUGGAGAGAGGCCUGGUCCAAGAAAACCCCAAGUCAAAGGAUAUCCAGAAGGAACAUGCCAACUAUUGCAACACAAAGGCAGAGGAAAGACACUUUACAGGAGGUGUGCUGGGCUAUGUCACCCCUUGGAACUCUCAUGGUUACGACAUUGCUAAGUGGUUCGGAGGAAAGUUUACUGCCAUCUCUCCAGUGUGGCUUCAAGUAAAGAGAAUAGCCUCAAGGGAGUUUACAAUCAUUGGAGCUCAUGAUAUAGAUAAAGGCUGGGUCAAAGAGGUCAAGAAGGGGAAGCGUCAAGUGGGUAUGGCUCCGAGACUACUGUUUGAUGGCUGGACUACGAGGGAUUAUGAUGCUGUCUUCAAAAGUGAGGCUGAAAUUAAAAGCUUGGCGGACACCAUAGUCAAAUUUUAUCAGAAAUACAAAUUUGAUGGCAUUGCACUAGAGGUAUGGAGCCAGGUCCGGUCUAUGAACAAAGAUGAUCUCCUACACAUGGUCGUUGAUAUAGCAGAUGCCAUCCGCAAUGCUGGCAUGGCUUUCUACCUCGUUAUACCUCCACCAUCACUUGGCGAGCAACAGUCUCUUUUUACAAAGGACAAUUUCGAUAUUUUGGCACCAGUGGUUGAUGGAUUUAGCCUUAUGACAUAUGACUUCUCUAAUGUACAAAGGCCUGGUCCCAACUCUCCCAUUGAAUGGGUGAGACUAUGUGUGGAAGCUCUUGUCCCAGAUCCAGGACCAAACCGUGCCAAGAUCCUGCUUGGUCUAAACUUCUAUGGCUAUGACUAUGGUCCACAAGCAGCUGAUGCAAUCAUAGGUCCUAGGUAUUUAGAAUUACUCAAAAAGAACAAACUAAAAUGGGAUACAAAUUCAGCUGAACACUACUUUGAAUACAAGGAUGGAUCUAUCUCUCGCCACAUAUUCUAUCCAACUCUUCAGUCAAUAUCAGCCAGAAUAGCUUUAGCUGAGGAGCUUGGCACAGGAAUAUCAAUAUGGGAGCUUGGACAGGGUUUGGACUACUUCUAUGAUCUAUUAUGAUAAGGGACAAUAUAUUAUAUUCUUUGAUAUUUGAGAAUAAUAGAUUUUUUUUAUUGUAAGAGGUAAACUUCUCAGUGCCUUAUUUGAGUAUUCAAUCAUCCUACCAGAUCAUUCUUAAGACUUGCAAGUAUCAAUGCUUGGUGUGAAUUCUUAAAGUUAGAGCAAGAAUGUCACUGAUGAUGUCCAUCAUAGUGCAGAUUUCAACAACAAGUACCCUGGACCCCCUCAAUAUUUAAAUGUUAACACUUGGUUCACAACCUAAAGGCUCAAAUUCACAAAGGAGCUCUAACUUUAACCCAUGGUUUAAAUCUUCAUUUACCUAACCCAUGGUCUAAAAUUAGCACAAAAUAAGCGUGACACAGUCAGAGGUCUAAUAUUAGAUGCGCGCAAGGCCUGGUACGUUUAUUUUGCGCUAAUUUUUAAACCAUAGAUUAUGUUAAUGAGGGUUUAAACCAUGGGUUAAGUUAAACUUCCUUUGUGAAUUUGGGCCAAAGAGUCUGUAACCUUGUAGAGCCCUGUGUACUUCCUAUGCGGAGCCAUACAUAGAGUAUGUUCCCAUCUGAAUGUGUU